UCAGCAACACAACUUACCAGCGAUGUUAAAGUACAAAAGUCAAUGGCGUAGCGGCGAAACGCACAGUCACGAGUUGCAAGCACACGAGUACGGUCGGAAAAUUCUAAAAUAUCGAAGAGCAGCAGAAAGAAAAGUGCCACAACAAAACCAAAGAAUGUAGCAAGGAAGGCAGUGAGAAACAAUUUUUAUUCAAUAAAAAAAGUAUUCAAUUGAAAUCAAAGUGUGCAGGAGUGAGUUUUUUUUUUACAUCGCGAGUGGUCAAUGCAUUCGGCGAGCAUUAAGGGGUGAAUUGGCCGGAUGCAGUAGUGCGUGACGAAGCUUAAUUAAAGUGACGCUAGCCAGUGCAGACGAAAUAAGUACUACCGGUCGCUAUGUGGUUUUUUCUUUUUUUUCGACUAAAAAAAAACUAAGGCAAAAGUCCAAGGAUAUUAUUAAGUGCACUCGUGGAAGUUGAAGACUAUAUUUAUUUGCUUAAAGUGAAAUUAAAUUGGCAGAGCAAAGAAAAUUUACGGAAACAAAAGUGUGGCGCAUGUGUAAGUUGUGACGAAAUAUCCAUCGAUAGAACUUUUAUGUCUCAAUAAAGGUCAUCUAAAAUACGCUUUCUAGCAGAGCUCUCCACUUUUUUGUCUGUGUUUGUGUAAUAUGUUCUUUCGCCGCAUGUUUGCGCGCAAGGACAGCAGUGGCAGCGGCGACAAUGCUCCGUACAAUUAUCAUAAUGAGGAUGUAAACGCUAACGACAACCAAGACGACGACGACGAACGCGAUAAAGUUGGUGCUUUAGGAGGUGGCGCAACAGCGCGCGGCAAGCGCCACAGUAACCACAACGGCAAUGUGAACGGCACACUCAGCAAUGGAACUAGCAGCAGCAGCGAAUAUGAGUUGCAACGCCGACGUACUUACGGCUCUGCGGCAGCGGCUUCUUCAAGCGCGGCAGCUGCCUCCAAGCACAGUCAUUCCGCAAGCACGCUGCACCGCGCUGCAACUUCCGCACCGGCUACGGUCCAGCUGACGCCGCUUUGGGAACACAUACUACGCACGCGUACCUUUCCCGACAACGUUUAUCCGGGUAAAAUAUUUGGUGAAUUUCUCGAACGUCUACGCGAUCCCGAAUGGCAAGUGCGUCAGCAUGCGCUACGCGUUUUUGUCGAUGUAUUGGUGGUAAUGCGCGCCGAGGCGGAUGCGUAUAUGGAUGCGCUGAUAGCGCCAUUGGUGGAGAAUUUAGGACAUCAGGCGCCUACCGUGAGGAAAGGCGCGCUGGACUGUCUGCGCGUAUAUCUCGCCGAGACGGCAAUGCCCGAAACGAUAUUGCUGCAGAUACUCGAUAUCGGGCUGAAUCAGAAAAUAACCAAUGAACCAUUUGGUGGACGCUUAACAUGCGGUGUUAUGCUAUCCUUACCAGCGCUGGUUCAUUCAACGUUGAACACUAACAAGCGGCAUUACACACUGCGCACUGCCAUAGAUAUGCUAGUGCAGAAGAUGGGACAGGUGACGCAUCAGGAGAUCACGCUGAAAGUGCUUUCGAAAUUACGUGACCUAGUGGGUGAGGAUGAGUUUCGCGAUUAUAUGACUACGAGCGCGUAUCGCGAAUUCGACUUGUUGUGUAAUGUUUACAGCGUAGAUGACAAAGCAAUUGGUAGUGCGAGCGGACAUGGUGGUGGUCAUGGUAGGAGCGCGAAUGCCAACAGAGGUGCUGGCACUUGGCAUAUGUUGACAAAGCAGCCGCUGGUAAGCUGCUGGCGCUCAUCGGAUGAGGAGCAAAUGCUCGAGGAGGCGGCUAAAGCGCGAGUUAUUAUGGAAACUGAAAUAAAAAUCAAUGAUGAUACGUUAACUAUGCGCAUUCUCGAGGCAAAGGACGAUGAUUUCGACACCGAAGUCGAUACAGUCUCGAGUCCGCGUAAGUCUGUGGACACAUACCCGAAUAGUUUGGAGGAUGAUGUCGUCUGCGGUCGCCUACCAAGCGCAACACAUGAUGCUGAGCGCGAUGAGUUAAGCGCAGUGGUGCGUCUACUAAGCGAUUCCGAAUUCGAUAUGGAGGAUGACUCCAAUGCAGUGGAGCAAAAAUCAAACUUGCGGGACCGCCAAGAAUAUUACAGCGUCGUAACGCCAUCGACGCCUUCGCGCACGCCGAAACGUGUAACAUUCGGUGGCGAAGUGGUGAAGAUGCGUACGCCGGACAGCGACGCUAACACAUCAAAUAAUCGAGGCAAUAAUGACGCUGCAGCUGAGCUUCAGCACGCACUCUCUGCCAAGCCAACUGGGAAUCAAAAUGACAUUGACGCAGAGUCUUCCCAGCGCACUAUUACAACAACAACUACCACAACAACCGAGAUAACAAUUAUUAGCACGCCAUCCACGUCCGCCACUAGCAGUCCCCUGCCCGAGGAGACAAACAACAGCAAGACUAUGGCAUUGAGCGUGGAAAUAAUCGAUGACAACACCAAGCCGCUGCCGGUGUCGUCGCCGGAGGCAGAACGCUUACCAGUGGCGCGUCCAAGAACAGCACAAUCACCAGGGCGUGCGCAAAUGUCAAGCAUUGCCAACGAUGGUGGCGGCGCUGCGUCCACAGCAGACGACGCGAGCCCUUUAAGCUCUUCUGCGAAUACACACGAUUCUCAUUCGCCACCCAAGCGACGUGACUCCGUGACAAGCGCCGGCACCGGCGCCAACUUAUCACCAUUCUCGCCAUCAUACAAGCGACACAGUAUCAGUCCUGUAGAUAGCAUUAUCAGUCCUAAGACACCACACAAACCCAUCGAGGUGAUGCACAACUUGCAGCGUGAUCCCUCGCCAGUGCGUUCGCGCAGCGCACGACGUGCUGAGGUGGUAAGAGAGGGCGCGCAACCUAGUAUAGGCGAGAAAAUUGACACCUUACUGACGACGCACGCCACACAGACAACACAUAUGCCACGCGCACAGACGCCCUCACCGCUGCCACCCAAAACGUGGGAGGAAUUGGAUAUUGUCGAUUAUGAUACUUUAUUGGAUUUACGUUCAGGGAACUGGCAUCACCGCCUGCAGGGCGUUGCUCAACUCGAGGUAGCUUUGCGCAACACCGAUACACUGGCACAAGUUCAACCGUGUCUGGAUAGUUUACUCCGCACUUUACUCUUCUCUGAACGUAAUCCAGACGUGGCCGAGGCAAAGCAACAACUGCUAAUCAAUCUCAUAACACGUUUGCCACUCGAUAACUUGGAGGAUCGUACAACACAAAUAAUGACCGGGCUGUGUCGCCAAGGUGGCGCUGGAGCGAAUCGCGUAUGCAAAGCAUUGAUGCAUCGACUGCCGGCGGCGGCAAUUGUACUCAAAUUAUUGUCGCAAGAAUUUUUGCAUGCAAAGAGCUCAAGGUUCCGCGAACACGCGCUCCAAAUGGUUAUGUACUCGCUGAUGACCUUUCCUAGCACUUGCUUUGACAUGACCACCUGCGUUACCCAUGCCACAUAUGCCGCCCUAAAUCGCAAGCGUCGCGUGCGUCAAGCCGCUUUAGAUGUGCUCGCUAUUUUGGGACAAAUAACCAAUACACGCGCUGUACUGGAUGUGGUACAAGGUUUGGCUGCCGCACGAGAAGAUGGCCCAGCGCUGAUUUCAGCGGUGCGUACGCGACUUUCGCGCAAGCAAAUGCCACUCGUCGCUGCUGAUGGACAGGUACAGUAUGCGCUGCGUGUGCCAUCGCCACAUUCGGCNGUUCAGCGAUUUUGUUUUCGAACGACGGAAGGUAGUGGCACGCGAAGGCAUGCGUUUCAAUCACCACCAGAUGUUUAUGAAAAUUUUAAGGAAAACGCAGCGAGUAUUAAUAACGAUUUGCAUUCACACAAUUUCCAUCAUAUUGUUGGCAGCAAUGUACCGUUGUACUAUGGGCAUGCGACAACAAAGAAGUCAACGAAUGCCGACUAUGGCAACUACUUGAGCCGACGACUCGUUGCUAAAUCCUGCUCGGACUCCUCCAUGGAAGGCAGGAGCUCUGAUAGCACCUACACAAGCAGCAGUGGCGGUGGUGGUAGUGGAGGCGCGGGUGUCGCGGGUGGUGGCUGCGGCGGCGGCGGCGGCGCCGAUGGCGGCAAGUCUGCGUCCAAGGGAAGCGCAGCAGCGGCCAAUGACAGCAACUGCGCGGGAAUUAGCGGCCGCUUUACACGUCAAGCGGUGAAUUCACGUUUCCCAGCCAUGGAUCGUAUGGAAAUGAAUAGCAACUAUAUGCGCGUUCAUAAGCCAACCACCAACUACAAUCAUCAAGCAGGCAUGGGCGCCUAUGCUCAGCUACAACAACAACAAAUGAAUAUGAGUUCAACGUAUCCGAAAAUUAACUAUGGUCUGCCCGCCACACAACACCAGCAGCAGCAGGCGCAGCAACAGCAACACCAACAACGUAGAAGAGCUCAACAGCAACAGCAACAAAGGCAAUCACAGCAGUCAUCGUUGGUGCAACCAGUUGUGAUCGGAACACGCGCCAUACAGCGUUCGCGUGGCUUUGGUGGUGGCGCCUUUGCUCCAGACAAUUUCCGUUCAGCCGAAAAUUCUCCAAAGGAGCAUAACAGUAAUACAGCGCUGCCUAACAGCAACAACAAAGUGAAUAACAAUUUGGAUGGCACCUAUACAAUUUAUACGAACAGAGAUAAUGAUACACACACGCCUGCAGCACUGGCAGCUAGUAAAGACAGCCAGCAGCAACAACAACACCAACAUGUGCAUGCGAAAGCCCCAACAGCAACGGCAGCAACAAAUGGACGUCGCUUCGUUAAUGUGGAAAAUUUUGCAAAGCAAAGGUAAGUUCGAUGGGUCUCA